UCCCUAGUGCUGGGAUUACAGAAGUGCGCCACCACACCCGGCUUAAUUUGCAGUCUUAAGCAUAGACUCGUUAAGCUUGUAGAGGCUAUGGCCAACUUUUGCAGAAUGUUAUAUUCUACCCUUGAUGUAAUUACAGCAUAGUAAUUUCAGUUUACCUACCACACAACUUAAGGCUUGAGUCACAAGGCUAAUGGCGUUCCGCUGGGCAGUAGGCAAGGUUAAGUGUACCUUAGCUUUUGCCUAAAGCAGUCCUUAGUCUGUCUCCAUUAACUGCAAAGCCGUCUGGCUUUGGGUGUAAUAAAAUGAAUAAAGUCUGGUCUGGCUCAUGACAUAAUAGCUGCAAGGAAAUAGAUUACAAGUGGUUCUUGGAACAUCUUUGUAGUUAGACAGCAAAAUCAAAGAUUAAUGUGUAGCACUUGUAAUAGAGCUAGGUGGUAAGCUGAUUCCAUUAGUCCCCAAAUACCAGCAGUUGGAGACAAAUCAUUCUGCCUAACAUUGGUUUCUGUGAGUAGAAGUGAGGCAGUGUUUGACAGGCGCCAGAACACCAGGAUCCUGACUUUGGCAGCUCCCAUGCACAGGAGAGGAGCUAAAAUUUAGGGCUUCAUCUUUAAGGCAUGACAGCAAUUACCUACUGCGUGGGCUGGGGAAACUUGAGCUUUAUCCCAGCAAACUGAACACUGAAAUUGACAGGGUCGUUGUCAUUAUUGAGAAAACUGACCAAGAACAGAAAAGGAACCACUUUUGAGAAAACAUUGAAAAUCGUCUCAGAGAGGUAAAGAAAAACAACGAGAUGGCUUGGAUCAAGUUGGGAGAGGUGAACACAGCCAGGAAAAUUUGAGAAAGAAAGCUACAGUAUUUCUGAACAUUACUUAGGAGCCAUGUCUUCUGAAAGUCUAGGAAAAUCCACCGUGAAGAUGAGCAGUGGAAAUGCUGAAACUUCUAACAGGUUAUCAAAAUUAGUAUGAAUGCUGUAAUAAAAGGUGCAGGAAGGAUCUGAAGAACUGAAAAGGCGUUCAUGGGGACGCUUUUGACCUAGGCCCACAUUGCUGUCUAAAUCAAGAGUUGGAAUGUUGAGCCAUGUUAAUAGAGCAGCCAGGGCAAUAGUUCCUUUUCUGUUCUUGGUCAGUUUUACUUUGCCCUUACAUGUGCUGUGUUGGGUAGGAGCUGGGAAAGGGAAGUGGUUAUACAGUCAUGCAUAUUCAUUUAUGGGGAAAAAGAGGACAGGCCAUUUGAAAAAGCUGCGAUUGUUCCUUGUAAGGUUUCUGAUCCUGAUCCCUCUAUUUUGAUAUUGCCCAUCACCUCUCCCUCCUUUCAUCGUUUUCCCGUGCAGACUACUGGGUUAUCACUUAAAAUCACUGCCAUCCUUCUGCCAUGCUAUUCCCAAAUAAUUCCUGGUCAUGCUUUCUCUCAUCCAAAAUCCAAUUAUUUUCUUCAAGUAGACCGAGUACCUAUUUUUAUACUAGGUACCGUAUUUGUAAGUGGUGUUCAGAGGAAACCUCUCAAGACUUGUCUUCACCACGUCACCUCCAGGAGGAAGAAAAGCCUGCAUUUUCCUGAGCUUAGAAGGGUGUCCGAAACAUAGCAGACAUCCAAUAUUAGCUGAGUAAAUAUAUUAAUCUCCCUUUUAAAAGUUUCGUAAGUCAGUAGGCAGGCACAAUUUUGUUUUUGUGACAAUUCAGGCUGGCGUGGGAAUCACUAGCCUAGGCUGGGCUCGAAUUUUUCGAUUCAGGUGUGCUGCGUCACUCAGUGCUACGCCACAGUGCUACGAAUGAAUUUUAAAAACGGCAAAGCUGCAAACCUCUAGUCGCUUAGGCAUUUAAUAGAAUUCGCUGGAUGGCGAAUAAAUAAAGCACGACUCUUCGGGGCAGGCAUACUUUAGAGGGCGGGCCUGGUGUAGGGCUGCAUGGUGCAGGAUCCUUCAUCGCCUACCCAGCCCAGUUGUCCCCAGGGCUAGGGUAACACUGGAUCUACACCGUUUUAACUGCCACCCGGAAACCCUAAAGGCGCGUUCUGCGCGUUCGUCUGCGUCCCAGACCUGUCCCGCCCAUCAGCUUCCUAUUUGGGUUCUAUUGGUUGUCUCGCGGAAGGCCCGCCCACCCUUAGGGGGUGUGGAGAAGAAACUCGCUUGACAUCUAGCAGCCAAUCAGGAGGAGCAGUUUUCAGUUUUGUCCAGUGGGAUCGGGUUUGGGUGUCACAGCCCGCGGAGUUUAAUUUCCCGUCCAGGAACGCGGAAGUAAUGAGCUUCUCCAGGGGCCGCUAGGCUGGCGGAGUGAGCUCCUCCGGACUUGGGGUUGUCACCUCCACAGAGUCACCCAGGCUGAGUGUGGUGCUCCAGGUUGGAGCCCCGGCCGGGCAGCCUAGUCCGGAGCCCUUCGGUGGGCGCGUCAUUACUGCCUGUUACUUACAGCCAGUGGUGCGCCGGCGGCGCGGGGUUGAAGUCUGCGCUUCCUCCUCAGUACUCGCGCACGCUGGAGUUGUUCACUUAAGGGCAAGGAUUCGGAGACCCACGUCUGUAACGCCCUCCGCUUCGUGAUCCCGUGGUUACCUGAGGCUCGGCUCUGGAGGAAGGUGUGAAGAACUGAUGAUGUUUCCUUAAAUUUACUUUACCAAUGUCUGUCCUGUGGAAUAUCUUACGAGAAAUGCUGGCUUAUUUUGGUGUUCCCGUAGACCAGAUUUUGCUGAUUUGGAAAAAAAAGGACUAUGGAUCAUAUCGUAGUAUUGUGCGUAUUAUUGGGAAAAUGCUUCCUUUAGAACCCUGCCGAAGACCUAAUUUUGAGUUGAUCCCGCGCUUGAACUCUAUAGAGUCUGAUAAUUGUGGCUGUAUAGUUCCAUCUUUUGCUGAUGUUUUGUCUGUGGCAAAUGAUGAAGAAGCCAGUUGUCUUAGAUUUCGAAGUUGUAUGUGGAAAAAUGAAGAAAAGGAGAAAAUUAAAACUUUCCAUCCUUCUCAAGUAGCUUGGGAUCCACUGUCAUCUGCUCGAAGACAGAACAAACCAGUGAAAAAUGAUCUGCCUGUAGAUGAAGCUGCAAUUAAAAAAAUAGCUGCCCUUGAAAAGGAGCUCAGUCUUCUUCGCUCGCAGAUUGCUGCAGUUGUGGAAAUGCAGGAGCGGAGAAGUGGCGCACACUCUGGCUCCUUGGAUUUGAAUGCUGUGUCCAGUGGUGUGAGACAAAUUUCAGCAUCAGGGGCUGCUCAACCAUGUGUGGAACCAAAUCCAAGCUCAGUGCCUCCUGCUCCUCCUCCACCACCACUUCCGCCUCAGUUUCCUCCUUUCCAGCCUUCAUGUUUUCUUCCUUUACAACCAGAAUCUACAGUUUGUGACUCAGAUCAUCCAGCUAUGGAAAUGAAAAAGCAGCACCCAGGUGCUAGUAAGGUGAAUUAUAGUCAUCAUUCACAAAGCCGGAGAAAUAAAGAUGUUCCAAACAUGUUAGAUGUUCUGAAGGAUCUGAAUAAAGUUAAACUUCGUGCUAUUGAGCGAUCCCCUGGUGGUAGACCUAUUCAUAAGAGGAAAAGACAAAGUUCACACUGGGAUCCAGUGUCUGUAAUAUCACAGGCACUUAGGCAGAAAUUUGCAUUUCAGGAAGAUGAUUCCUUUGACAAAGAAAAUAGAUCUUGGGAGUCUUCUCCAUUUCCUAGUCCAGAAACUUUCAGGUUUGGACAUCGCAGCUCACAGGCAGAAGGACAGUGAUCUAAGUGGAGAACUGAUAAGCAUAAAAGUCUUUGGCCAAGGUCACAAAAGCCAUGUCUGCACUUAGAAGGAGAGAUGCAGACACAUGCUGGCCUGUCUUUCGCUGCCUUUCAAAGGAUCCUAUCUUCCAUUAAGUGAGAUGGAAUGCUGCUGUGGGCUGGGAGAAAUCUGGCCAGCUUGAGGGAGAUUCUUAGGAAUUCCGGUUUCUGGUUUUGGAAGAUCCAGCAAUUAACUGGCUACUGCAAAGGGUCAGGUGUAUGAAUUCCGCCCAUGUGUGUUAGUAUCACUGAAAGCUGAAUAUGUACUUCAGUGAUUUUUCUUGAGCAAUUAUGACUUUCUAAUUUAAGAAUCUUUUAAACCUUUUCAAUGGUUUAUUUGGCCUCCAGUAACUUAGAGAUUUUCAAAUUGGAUAAGAUUAUAAUUUUUCAUUAUAAUUUAUAAUGAAGAUUAUAAUUUUUCUAUCCUAAGUCACUGUUUUAAUCAUAUGUGGUUGAGCAUUCUAAAACUUAUUCCCGAGGUAAUAGUCUUAGAAUUUGACUCUUAAGUGCUAUAAAAGUGUUGCCUGCAUUUGCUGUAUAAAUACACAUGGCUGACAUUCGUUUCCUUUGGUCCUCAAUACAUUUUUACUCCCUUCCUUUGUAAAUAGAUUGUACAAUAAAUGUGCCUUUUC